GCAGCAGCAGGAGGGGGGAGAGGGGGGAGGAGGGGGGGAGAGGGGGAGGAGGGAGGAGGCUUCGCUAUCAACACGGAGCCCCCUCCCACUCAGCAGUCUCCUCGCAGCGCGCGACCGCUCGCCCCCUGCCCUGGAGCGCGUCCGUGUGAGCAACGAGGUGUGCGCGGAGCCAGUGAGCGAGGUGAGCGAGCCGCCUUGCGGCGCCAUGAACAGUCAGGGCUCGGACCUGAGCGAGGAGGAGGAUGCAGAUGGCUACGGGGAGGAUGAGUACGAGCAGGGCGACAUCCGUGACUACUACGAGGGGGUGGACGGGGAUGUGGACGACGUGGACGACGCGACCUUUGACCCCGAGGAGUACGAGUUCUCGUGCCUCUCGCACCGCGAGGCAGAGCGCCUCCUCUCCGACCUGCAGGGCAAGGCGGCCGCCACCCUAAAGGUUCAGCCAGAUGUUGCCAAGCUGGUGCUGGUGGCAUGCCAAUGGCGCUUGCACGACAUGAUGGAGAGGCACAGGACAAACCCACGCCAGCAAUUCAUCGAGGCCAAGGUCCUGCCUGGACAGACCAAGGCCCCGAGCGGCACGCAGGGCCAGCAUUGCGGCGUCUGCCUGCAGCCGACGCGGCGCGAGACCCUGAUCAGCCUCGCCUGCCAGCACGCGUACUGCAAGGCAUGCUGGGAGGAACACUGCCGUGUGCUGGUGCGAGACGGCGUGGGCGUCGGUAUCUCCUGCAUGGCCCGUGAUUGCCACGUGCGUGCCCCAGAGGACUUUGUCUUCCCCAUGCUGGGCGAGGGGGAGCUGCGCGACAGAUACCGCAGGUUCCUCUUCCGCGACUACAUCGAGUCGCACUACCAGCUGCAGAUGUGCCCGGGGCCCGACUGCCCCGUGGUCAUCCAAGUCGGGGAGCCCAAGGCGAGACGCGUGCAGUGCAGCCGCUGCAGCCACGCGUUCUGCUUUAAGUGCCGGCAUAUGUACCACGCUCCCACGGACUGCAACACGAUCCGCCGGUGGCUCACCAAGUGUGCCGAUGACUCGGAGACUGCCAACUACAUCAGCGCGCACACCAAGGAUUGUCCCAAGUGCAAUAUCUGCAUUGAGAAGAACGGAGGCUGUAACCACAUGCAAUGCUCCAAGUGCAAGCACGACUUCUGCUGGAUGUGCCUGGGCGACUGGAAGACGCACGGCAGCGAGUACUACGAGUGCAGCCGCUACAAGGAGAACCCCGACAUCGUGAACCAGAGCCAGCAGGCGCAGGCGCGCGAGGCCCUCAAGAAGUACCUCUUCUACUUCGAGAGGUGGGAGAACCACAAUAAGAGCCUGCAGCUGGAGGCCCAGACGUACACGCGUAUCCAGGAGAAAAUAACGGAGCGCGUGAUGAACAACCUGGGCACGUGGAUCGACUGGCAAUACCUCCAGAAUGCAGCCCGCCUGCUCGCCAAGUGCCGGUACACACUGCAGUAUACCUACCCUUACGCGUACUACAUGGAGGCCGGGCCACGCAAACGACUUUUCGAGUACCAACAGGCACAGCUCGAAGCCGAGAUUGAGAACCUGUCCUGGAAGGUGGAGCGAGCAGACAGCUACGAUCGCGGGGACCUUGAGAACCAGAUGAACAUCGCGGAGAAGAGGAGACUCACGCUGCUCAAAGACUUCCACGACAUGUCCUGAGUGACACAGGGAAUGCACGCACACACCACCCCCACUCGCGUGUAAGCACACAUGCCGAAACACGCAUUCACGCCCACUCCAGUGUGUGAAGACGCCAGCACACACAUACACACCUGUUGGAACGCACAAACACACCUAUGGCCACACCUGCCGGAGUUGUGUCAAAGACCCCGACGCACGGCACACACACCCGAACUCUCUUGCCACACGCACACCCGACUUGCGCACUCAUGCCGGCACGUGCGCGCAGCGCGCGCCGUCACAAACCCACAUCGGAAUGCAUCGACGCUCGCGUCAGCAUUACCGACUGGCGACCGCACUCUUACACGCGCGCCCUCCUGACCUUGCGCCCGUGCGGCACGCGCGCCACUGCUCCCAGCGCGUGCGUAAGCGAGAGUUUCCUCGCCCACCUUGUCUCUGUUGCGCGCGAGUGAGCGCGGCACGGUGCAAAGAUAAGGUUCUCGGGGGAGAGAAGCAUGGCACCACCUCGAGACCCCCCUCCCUCCUGCCUCUCGUCCCUGCUACCGCUUUUCCACUGCACAACUUGAGCCGCGCCGGGGCCUUGCUGAGCCAAGCCCGGCACGGUUCGGGACGGCGCAAGAUGGAGGCGCUAACCGCUGACGUUGCACGCAGCGAACGAGUCAUUCGCCCUGUCCCUGGGCAAAGUUUUUAAUGGUUUGGGUCUGGCUUGGCUUGGCAAUUGGCCAGUGGAAAAACCUACCCGUACCACGAGGGGGACCAGUGCUGGCUCUGAUCGGAUGUGCCAGUGGGAAAAAAGGUAUAACUUGUCCUUGGGAGCCCACCGACCCUCCUCGCCACCUACAACCGGAUCCUGACCCUCAAGCCAGAUACAACCACUGAGCGGAGUCAAACAGUCCACACACGUAGGGGGCUCUACAAGGGUGGAGGGCUAUUGAUCUCGGGCCACCAAAUAACCUGGUUUGGCCAAGACAGUCCUGGUGGUUUCAGAAACACUGCACCAGUAGUCCCCUCCCAUCCCCCGCCCCCAAUUUAACCUCUCAGUGGACAGACUGCUGGCUUCAUUUGUGUGUUAAAUGAAGCCACCAUGCGUGCGAUCCCCUUGACUACAGCUCCUCCACACAGUUAAACCCACUUUCUGUGCUACCCUCUCGGCUACAGCUGCCCAUCGCCUUGGCUACAGCUCCUCAUCGCAGUAGAUGCUGCCCUGCUUCUACUAACAUCUGCGGCAUCAUCACAGCCCCCUAUCAUGUGGAGUCUGUCAGACCCCCAAAAUUUGUAAAAUGCCCCUCCCCCCCAGUCCCCCAGCCAACCUCUUGGGGGGGGGGGAUCCCCCCCUUGCAAUACCCAAAUCCUCCCCCCCCCCCCCCCAUCGGUCUGAGUUGUGAUGUCGGUGCAGCUGGGCAUGCUGCCGUUUCUGACGUCGCGUGGGCGAUUUGAUGUCUCCCGCUCUGCACCGAGAGGGUUCGUUGGGGUUUAAUUUUUCAUUAUUGUUACUGUAUUAUUAUUUUUCUUGUUUUUGUUUGUAUUCGCAGGUUGUACUAAUUUAUAGCGAAUUAAAAAAAACGAAAUAAACCUUGUA